UUGCCUCUCCACGUCAGCUGAUGGACAGUUAAUUGUGAACGGAAUCCGUUUGCCCCAAAUCCGUCUCAUUUCCCCUUCCCAGUACUGGCUGCUGAUCGCCGUCUAGCGCAAACAAUGCUUGAGGUGAAGAAAGAAGCCUUUGGUGAAUUGCCUCUUGGCGGAGGAACCGUGGAAAAAUUCCUGCUCACAUCCGACACAGUCAAAGUGGAAAUCAUAUCCUUAGGCUGCAUAAUCACCUCCUUGAAGACUAAAGACAGAGGCGGAAAGUUUUCAGACAUUGUUCUAGGCUUUGAUCAUUUGGAAGGAUACCUCAGCGAGCACCCCUAUUUUGGAGCUGCCAUUGGACGAGUUGCUAAUAGAAUUGCCAAAGGGAAAUUUACAGUGGAAGGACAUGAAUACCAGCUGGCCAUCAAUGACGGCUCCAACAGUUUGCAUGGAGGAGUCAAAGGGUUUGACAAGGUUAUCUGGUUCCCUGAAAUCCUACCAGAUGGUGUCCGCUUUUUCAGAAUAAGUCCAGAUGGUGAAGAGGGAUAUCCUGGUGAGCUGAAAGUGUGGAUAUCAUAUACCCUCAAGGAUGAGGAGUUAACAAUUAAUUACAGAGCUCAAACUAGUAAGGCUACACCGGUCAAUCUAACAAACCAUGCUUAUUUCAAUCUUGGAGGUCAGGGCUCAUCUAAUAUCUAUGACCAUGAAUUUACAAUAGAGGCAGAUUGUUACUUGCCACUGGAUGAAACUCUGAUUCCAACAGGAAAGAUCACGCCAGUGCAGGAUACUCCCUUUGACCUGCGAAAGCCUAAAGAACUUGGGAAACAUUUGCAGAAGUUUCAGCUGGAUGGAUUUGAUCACAACUUUUGCUUGGUGCAGAGAAAAGAACCACAUUUCUGUGCCAGAGCUUAUCAUCCCCCUAGUGGCCGAAUGAUAGAAGUUUAUGCAACUCAACCUGGCAUUCAGUUUUAUACAGGAAAUUUCCUGGAUGGGACUCUAAAGGGUAAAGAGGGCCGUGUGUACUUCAAGCAUUCUGGUUUCUGCCUUGAAACACAAAAUUGGCCAAAUGCCAUGAAUCAGCCUAAUUUUCCAGAUGUCCUGCUGUACCCAGGAGAUGAAUACAAUACCACAACAUGUUUCAAGUUUUCUAUAUCUUAAAUGAAAUCUUGCUACAAGUUAAUUUUGCAAAAAUAUUUUAAGUGAUCAAAGAAGAUUCUGAAUAUCCUAAUUAUAGCACAAAUUUCAUCAAAGAAAACCAUUAAAAAGGUAGUAUUUGGAUAAGUCCCCGCUUCAUAGUAGACAAGUAGCAACACUUAAGUUCACUCAACAAAUUAUCAUCUCUAUCUGCUGUUUCCACCUUUUGAUAGAUUUUAUGUAAUACUACACCAUGUAAAUAAGAAGUGAAGUCCUAAUUUAAAAUCAUGAAGACUUUCAUUAAGAUGGUCUGUGGCAGUGUUCCUUGACGAUGCAGGUAUUACUGAGACAUAAUAAUCUGAUCGAUUCCAAAUAUGGACUUCUGUUGAGCACUCUGGAUAGUUAACAUUGUCAUCACUUCUUUAAUUCAACCAUUUUCUGGGACCACAAGGAUGCCAUACAGACUUAGGAAGAGGCAGAGCCAAAGAUGUAAUGUGAAUAUACUGAUACAGUUCUGAAUGGUUGCAUAUAUCCUUAAUGCACUGCUAGAUUCUAUGGCUAGAUGUAAGUCAGCUCAAAACAGUUCAAUACUACAUUAUAAACAAUUUGCUUGCCAUUUAACAGCUUAUAUCUGUUUUCCACGCAAUCUAUCCUGGGAUAAUUAGGAACAGUGAUACUAUAAUGGUAUAUCUCACAAAUUCAUUUUUCCCUUUAAGAUAGUUAAGGUAAUUUAAAUAUGGCUUAAUUUUCUACUUAUAAAUGGAACACAGUUCAUAUGGUGAAUAGAUACGCUGUAAUAUUACCUAGUAUGCUUAAAGGGGCUUGAGUCUGAUUUCUCAUUAGACUUGCAAUGAAUCUUACAAAGCAUAUCAAAUUCCAGCCAUCAAUGCAUGAUUAGGCCAGACCGCUUCCACAAUAAUCUCUAAUCUUUUAAAUGGUAUUUCAUAGAUGGCAUAUCCCCAGAAGGGUUCAAUAUAAAGGCUGAGGGGAGAGAAUCUACUACUUAAAAAGACCAAUGGAAUUCAGUCUCAAUGCCAAUCUUAAAAUUGACUGAAGCCAAUCUUGCCUUUCCCAAAUUGGUAAAUUGGCACUUUAAAUUGAAUUUAUUUUGGCAUACAAUACUGAGGUCCAGAUUUAUCAAUAGUGAGACUCCCAUGGAUUUUGCAUCAGAAAGGGUGAGGCAGACCACUCUCACUUCAAGUGAUUUAUGAAGCAAUUCAUUUUUUAAGUUGAGAUUUGCAGAACUCUUUUACAUUAAAAAAAAAGCUUGAUAGAUAUGGCAAUAUAUAUUCUAUCACUAUAUGAAUGUAGUAUGAAAUACUAGAUUAAGUCUGCAAUUAAUGGCAGUUUUUAGGAACAAAGCUAAAAUGGUCUAUGCAAUUAAUAAAAGAAAUGAAUUUGUGCCAAAGUAACUAAAGCAGCUUUAUUUCAAUAAAAAAGUUUGUUCUCAACACAGAAGGGUACUUCACCUUUUAUAAUUUAUUCAGCUUAUAGGAAUACAGUGGCCAAUAGGAAGGACUAUAAAAAUGGCAAGGAAAUGCAGUCAGACAACUGGGGAGAUACUGUAGCCAUGCUAAGCAUUAAACUAUACAGCAUCCCUUAAAAGCAUUGCAACUUAUUUAAUUCCCUUGCAAAUUCCUGCCUUUUGCUGCAGAACCCCUGCAAUCCUAAAAAUGUAUGAAAUGUAGCUGAAGCCAUGUGUCUCUCUGUAGAAAUACUUGAAUCAAAACAUUGACACUGGGAGCAUGCAGCAUUUUGCCUUUAAACUCCAAAAGGUGCUUUGAGGCAUAUUGCUCCUUAAAGCAGAUACAAGCAAUCAAGGGAAACAGUAUAGCUGUACUAAGAUGUUGCAUAAUGUUACAUGAAUUGUUUUUAAAUUUCUUCCACCAAGUAAUACAAAAUAAUUUUAGUAAUCUGGGUUUAUUCCUCAUGUUAAGAGGCUGUGUGUGUGUGGUACAGUGUGUGUAAGACUAGAUCAGACUCAGAUUUAAGUUUUCCCUUAGCCAUAGAAUCUCUCUGAGUGAUUUUGGAUCAAUCACUUUCUUAUUCCAUUUAUUUUACAAGGUUAAUCUAGGGAUGGGAGGCACCAAUUUCAUAAUGAAUUUCAUGAAAAAAGGAUACAAAGAAAAUAAAAUGUGGAAUAAUACUUGAGCCUAUGUUUUUUCUGUAAAAGCAGUGUUUAACUGCUUAAAUUCCUUACAAUUUUGACAUAACAGCAAAAUUUCUCAGUGAAUUCUGUACAAGGGACUAAAUCUAUUGUGUCUCAAUAUUUUGUUUUGGAGAAUAAUACUGCUCUUGCCCAAAUUUCAAGAUACCUUAUCUGACAGAGAACAAGUACUUCAUUAAAUAAUUCCAAACUGUAGCCAAGUUGCCAUCUGAAUUUAUCUUGGGCUUGUCUUUAAAUAAUUAACUGUGCCUGGAUAAGACACAAUAGUAUCCUGCAGUAUGAAUUAACAGACCAAAUCAAUCUAUAUUACAAAAUCAGACAAGCAGCUUCCUUGACCCACCAUUUCAAGUCGUUAGGAUUGUGCCUAAACCACAUAAGUCUUCUGCAGGCAGCUUAAUAAUAACGUUAAUAUACCCUUGCACAGCAUUUGGAUAACACUAAGUAUCUGUUUGGAGUUUGCUUUUAACAUGCACUUGAAAUAUUAACAGAAGCAAAUAACAUUAUAACAAAGUUAGAAACACAUUUUAUUUCAAGUGCCCAUAAAAAGACACUUUUCAGAUCAUAGGAUGUUGUUACAUACAAGAAAUUGUGCACUAUAGUCUACUGUAGCAGCUUUUACAGAUUUUACUAAAAGAUCCAGGUCCUUGCUGCAUUAACCCUAGAAAAGAUUUUCUUCAGCGAACUAAAUCCUUUUAUUUCUCAAUAAAGAAAUCCCUUAAAAUUACAUAAACAAUACUUUUCCUAACACGUUCUUUGCCAUUCUAAUCCAUUCUUUCAGGACUGAUACUUCUUCGAGGGCUUCCUGAUGGCGAACGACUGG